AUGCUUGAGCUCAUUACGGGCCGCCACGUCAUCACCAAUUCUUUCGAAACUCACUCCGAUGAGGAGGCGGGACAGCAGCUGCACAUUCUUCGCUGGGUACGUGCGUGGGGAGAUGGAGAGAGUGCCACCAUAGCCGUCCAGCAGCAGCUGGGUCAAUCGGGCAAUAGGGCAGUGGUGGCAGGCCUCAAGGACGCGCGCAUGGAGGCGUGGGAUGAUUUGGUGUUGAGGGUGGUGGAUCUGGCACUGCGUUGCACCGCCAAGCACAGCGCCAUGCGGCCGGCCAUGGGGGUGAUUGCAGCCGAGCUGGAGACCGUGCUGGUGGCGCUGGGCGGCGAACGUCCCAACUCUGCCGCCCGUCAGGUGGACCAGCAGGUGGAGGAGGAGAGGAUGGCAGAUCCGGACUUGGAUGCAGAGAUUGCGCGCUUGAAUGGGUUGAUUCACGACAACUGA